AUGCGUUUGAUAUUUCUGGACACUUUGCUCGUCAGCAUUCUCACGGUUUGGCUCCACAUAUCACCAGCGUCAUCCGCUUCUCACAGUGCAGAGGACAAGGUUGAGAGGGACGCAGUGCCGGUGAAGCAACAGGCGACUGCAGCACUCGCUUCAGAAAACAAAAUCCACCAUGUGGUCGGGCAGGUGAUCGCCUACCCAUCUCGUCUCAUCUACUACCUGAACGAGGACUCAGAGAGUGCCUGCCAUGACCUGGACACGCGGGCCAAAAGCCAAACCGCACAGGGUCAGGCGAUCCACCUCGCUCAGGUCAGCUUCCAGCUAGAGGCAUUCGGCACCCAAUUUGUUCUCGAUCUAACACUGAACAAUGAUCUGCUUUCUUCAAAUUAUGUUGAGAUCCACUACGAGGGUGAUAAACCUGUCCUAUCAAAGGGCGGUGAACACUGUUACUAUCACGGGCAGGUGAGAGGCAACAGUGAAUCCCGUGUGGCCUUAUCUACCUGCAAUGGGCUGCAUGGGAUGUUUGACGAUGGAGCCUAUGUAUACCUAAUUGAGCCACUGCAACAGACUCAUUUGAUUGACACAGAUGGAAGGCCACACCAGCUCAGAAGAACUGCCUCGCUCCAAUGGAAAAAUGAGUCACAGCAUCUGGAGGAGGCAGAGAGACUCUUCUCAGAGCUAGAUGACUUGUCCUGGCUGAAGCGCCGGAAAAAGCGAGCUGUGAGUGUAUCUGUAUUUGAGGAGAUGAAAUAUUUGGAGAUCAUGAUUGUCAGUGACCACAGUAUGUACAAACGACAAAAAACCAAGCAGCAAACAGGGAAUUUUGCCAAGUCGGUGGUGAAUCUUGUGGAUGCUGUCUUCAAAGAGCAGCUGCGGACGCGUGUGGUGCUGGUUGCUUCAGAGAUCUGGACAGACAAAGAUCGUAUUCCGGUGAGCGUGAGGCCUUUGGAAAUGCUGCGGGAUUUUUCCAAGUACCGCCAGCAGAGCAUCAAGCACCACGCCGACGCCGUGCACCUCUUCUCAAAUGUGACCUUUCACUACCGAAGAAGCAGUGCAGCCUACUUUGGGGGCAUGUGUUCGGUGAGCCGGGGAGUUGGCGUCAAUGAGUAUGGCAGCACAUGGUCAAUGGCGAGCUCGUUAUCCCAGAGCCUGGCUCAGAAUCUAGCCAUCCAGUGGGACCCCGCAUUGAAGAGAAAGGAAUGCGGUUGCACUGAGUCAUGGGCUGGCUGCAUAAUGGAGGACACUGGAGUCCAACACCCACGAAGAUUCUCCAAGUGCAGCAUCUCGGACUACAAGGAUUUCCUCUUGAAAGGUGGAGGCUCGUGUCUGUUUAACAGACCGACAAAGCUGUACGAGCCCACCGAGUGCGGGAAUGGAUUUGUGGAAGUGGGAGAGGAGUGCGACUGCGGCGCGAGAGCUGAGUGCUACAAGGGAUGCUGCAAAAAGUGUUCGCUGGCCAACGGGGCGCACUGCAGCGACGGCCCCUGCUGCAAUACCACGUGCCUGUUCUUCCCAAGAGGUUACAGUUGCCGCUAUGCUGUGAAUGACUGCGAUAUCUCAGAGACGUGCACUGGGGACUCUGGACAGUGUCCUCCCAACCUUCAUAAACAAGAUGGAUACCUCUGCCAGGUGGACCAGGGACGAUGUUACAGUGGAGAGUGUAAGACCAGAGAGAACCAGUGUAGAUACAUCUGGGGAUCAAAGGCUGGAGGCUCCGAGAAGUUCUGCUACGAGAAGUUAAACACAGAGGGCACCGAGAAGGGCAACUGCGGAAGGGACGGCGACAAAUGGAUUCAGUGCAGCAAACACGAUGUCUUCUGUGGUUACCUCUUGUGUUCUAACAUCGGCCGCAACCCCCGCAUUGGAACCAUGAAAGGCGAUAUCACCCCCACUUCUUUUAACCAUCAAGGCAGACUGAUUGACUGCAGUGGUGGACACGUUCUUUUGGACGAUGAGACCGAUUUAGGCUACGUGGAUGACGGGAGUCCUUGUGGGCCGUCGAUGAUGUGCCUUGACCACAAGUGUCUGUCCAUCCAGUCACUCAACAUAAGCACCUGCCCCAUUGGACCUAAUGGACAAGUGUGCUCCGCCCACGGGGUGUGCAACAAUGAAGCCACAUGCACUUGUGACUCCACGUGGGCAGGGACAGACUGUAGUAUGCCUGACCCUCCUAAAGUCGUUGAGACUACUCCAACUCCUGGUCCCAAAGGUCCUAGUGCCACCAAUCUAAUAAUAGGCUCCAUCGCCGGAGCCAUCCUUGUGGCCGCCAUAGUGCUGGGGGGGACUGGAUGGGGUUUUAAGUAA